AACUGUUUCAAACAUCAAGAAACAUGGCGCUGUUCAAUAAAGGCGAUUGGUAUACUCCUGCACCGUUGUGGCACAAUGGACCGACACCAGGUGCAUUUUACCAUUUUCCUGGAGGUUCCUCGCAAUCUGAUGUUGGAGGAUUUCAAAGAUCACAAGCUCCAAUGACAACUGGCACGUCUGUAGUUGGAAUUCAAUUCAAAGAUGGUGUUUUAAUAGCAGCAGACGUUCUUGGAUCAUACGGAUCUUUGGCUAGAUACAGGAGCCUUGAUCGCAUCAUGAAAGUUAACAAUAACAUAAUUCUUGGUGCAGGAGGCGACUAUGCCGAUUAUCAGUUUCUCAAGAGUAAUAUCGAAAAGAAAAUUCUCGAGGAAGAAUGUCUGGAUGAUGGAUUAUCAUUGAAACCAAAAGCUCUACAUUGUUGGUUGACUCGUGUAAUGUAUUAUCGAAGAUCUAGUUUUGAUCCUCUGUGGAAUAACUUUGUUAUUGGAGGCAUAGAAGGCGAUAAACCAUUUUUGGGCACUGUGGACAAGCUUGGUACAGCUUAUAGUGACCCAGUAAUUGCAACUGGAUAUGGUGCAUAUAUGGCAACGCCGAUCCUAAGGAAAGCUUAUGAAGAAAAUAAGGAAAUGUCUAAAGAACAGGCAAUGGAAUUGUUGUACAAAGUGAUGCAGGUUCUUUUCUACAGAGAUGCACGAUCUUUCCCAAAAUAUCAACUUGGUAUAAUCACAAAAGAAGGAGGCAUUGAAAUAAAAGGACCAAUAUCAUUAGACAGCUAUUGGGAACCAGCUAUUAUGUAACAAUAAAUAUCAUCAAUUUUUUCUUAAUAAAAAUACAUUUACUUAAAAAAUAAACUUGUUGAAAGAAUUA